AUGUAUCCUUUAUAUUAUGAGAAAAAGAUUGUAAAAAAAUUAAUACAAUACGAUGCAUUAAUAUUAUUAGCAGAUGGAUUUAACGAAUUAAAUAUUCUAGCACUUUUUAUUUUUUAUUAUCAAAAUAAGUGCUUAUGGUAUGAGAAUUAUAUAAAUCAUAAAAAUAUUUUCUUUGAUUUAUUUAAAUUAAAUAUAGACAUAAUAAACGAUGAUAAUGAAGAAAGCAAAAAUGAGGAGCGUUUUGAUAAGCUUAAUGAUUUUAAUAAAAAGAGUGAGAAUAUAAACGAAAAUUUAAAAAAUGAUGAAAAUCAUAAUAUUUGUAAUCAGAUAAAAAAUGAUAAUAAUGAAAAUAACUUAAAUAAUGUAGGAAAUAAAAACAAAUUGAUAUUUAUAUUAAAUGUGACACCUAAAGAAUAUAGCUUAUUUCUGAAAUAUCAAAUCCAGUUAUAUGAAGAAAUUAAUAAAUUUGAUAAAUUAUUUAAUAAUAAUGUUAAAAUAAAUUACCUAAAAACUGAAUACAUAAGAAAUCAAAAAUCAAAUGAAAGAAUUGAAAUGUAUAUCAAAAGAGGAGUAUAUUUUAUAUCAUCAAAUGUCUUAUUAAUAGAUUUAUUAACAUUUAAAAUAAUACCAGAAAUUAUUGAUGGUAUUUUCAUUUGUAAAAAUCAUAAACUUAUUUAUAAUAUGAAAGAAAUUUUCAUCAUAGAAAUAUUUAGAAAAAGAAAUAAAUUUGGUUUUAUUAAAGGAAUAAGUAAUAAUAAAAAAUUAAUAAAUAGUCAACAUAUUUCAAAUAUUGCCAGAAAAUUAUUCAUAAAAAAAAUAUACUGUUAUCCAAGAUUUCAUAAAAAUGUUCAUACUUCAUUAAACAAUAAAUAUAUACAACCAAAUAUAUAUGAAUUAAAUUUAGAUUUACCUGAUGAAACAAAAAAAAUUGAAGAGAAUAUUUUAAAUUUAAUUCAUUAUUUAAAUUUAGAAAUAAAGAAAUUUCACACAUUUGAUGAUUUUGAUAUAAACUCCUUAUUAUACUCAGAUAGUGCAGAAAACUAUAUAAUGAAUUAUAUCAAAAGCAAAAAUCUUACUUAUAAUACAAAAAAAUUACUUAAAGAAAUUGUCAUAUUAGUUAAUGUCUUAUAUAAUUUAUACAAUUAUGAUAGUUUGAUAUUUUAUAAUUAUUUAAAUAAUUUAAAGGAAGCAGAUAAGGAAUCAAUUUGGAUGUAUUGUAAUGAAGCAAAUGAAAUUUCUUAUUUAUCUAACGAAAGAAAAAACAAUUUUUUAAAAAAAAUUAAUAUGGAUAAGGAACAAAUAGAGAUGGACAAUAUACAAAAUGUAAUAAAUAAAAUACAUAGUGAUAAUAGAUAUUUUCAUAAAUCAUAUGAAGCAAAAAGGGAAGAAAAUGAAAAAUAUAAAUGGAUAUAUGAAUUAGUUUAUAAUAGAGAUAUGAAUUUAAAAGAAUAUAGAAAAAUGAUUUUAAAAAGGAGUUACAUAAAGAAAAAUUCCAUUAAAAGAAAAAAUUGUAAUAAAAAUUAUGUAAGCAAUCAAAUUUUAAAUAAAAAAAUAAAAAUAACAAAAAAUAGGCAUUCUAAAUAUGAAAAGGAGUUAGAACUCCAUUUAGACAAUAAAGAAAAAGUAACUGAAAUUGGAAAAACAGAAAAUUCUAACUUCAAUUUCAAAAUUAAGUGUGAAAAUGAUGAUUCAAUGAAUAAAUUUCUUAAUAUUGAAAAAAAUAUAUUUAAUCAAAAAGAUAAUAUAAAUGAAAACAAAGAAGUAUAUGCAUGUGAUGAAGUAAAUAAAGAAAAAAUGUUUUUAAUAGACCAAAAAGUAAAGAAGGAACAAAAUUAUUUUAAUAACGAUUCAACAAAUAGCGAAAAAGAAGAAACAAACAAAGAUAAAAAAAAAUUUCAUAAUAAUAAUAGAGAUGAUACUGUUAAUAUAGAUAAAAUUGACUACUCAAUUGUAAUAAUAGUUGAUAAUUUUUAUGCUCAAAAAGAAAUUUAUAAUUUAUUAUUACAUAAAAAUGAAAAUAAUUUAGAUUUCAAUCUCUUUCUAAAAUGUGAAGAAAAAAUUAAUGAAUAUUAUAUAUCCGAUUCUUCAUUAGAUUCUUUAAAUGAUUCUGAAAAAUCUUUCAAAAGUAAAAAAAAAAUUUCUUUAGGAAAUAUUAAUUAUCAUAUACCAUAUAAAAUGAUAAAAAAUAAAACAUUGAACUUAAAAUACAUAAAGCCAAAGAUUUAUAUUUUAUGUAUUAAUAAGCACUAUGAUAACAUUUACACUAGUGAACAUUUUAUUAAUAAUUGCUAUAAAAAAAUUGAUAUGAUUAAUUUAGAAAAUCAAAAAGAUUUUUUGAAUAGUAAUGAUAAAGAAAAAUCUGUAGGAAAAAAAGAGGAUCAAAAAGAUAAUUUAGAUGAUUCAUCUUAUCAAAGUGAUACAUUAUUUGAAAUAAAUGAAUAUAGUGGAAACUUAGAUUUUUUAGAAUUGUUUUUGAUAAAAAUAAAACCGCAUAGAAUUAUUCUAACAGAUCUUGAUUUGAGUAUUUUUCGGAAUAUAGAAAUUUAUUGUGCACGGCUGUUUCGAUAUAACGUAUUUAAAUUGCAUAAAGAAAAGUACUUUGAAGAAUUAAUUAUGUAUGAAAAAAAUAAUUUAAUAUAUGACAACUUUCAUGAGGAUAAUUUCCCAAUUAAAAAAGAAGAAAAAAAAAAAAAAAAAAAUAAUAAUAAUAAUAAUUAUGAAACAGUGAGACAAAAAGAAAGAAGUAAAGGAAUAAAUAAUUUUAAAAUAAUAAAAAUAUUAAGUGAUAUGUGCAAUACGAUUGAAGUAUUUUUAAUUUUUUACAAAAAUAGUAUAUUUUAUAAUAAAUACUUAAAUAAUAUAAAAAUUGAAAAAAGUAAUUGGUUAAAUUUUAUUGAAAAUAAAAAUAAUCUUCGUUUUGAAAUUGAUCGUAAUAUAUUUAACAAAAAUGAAGAACUUUUUAAGAAAGUUAUAAAUUCUUAUUUUUUAUUUCAAAAAAAAUUUAAAGAAAAUAAGAAAAAUUUAAUGAAUUUUAACAAAGCAUUAUGUGAAGAAUUCAAAAAAUUUCAAGAAGUUAAAAUAGAUGAACAAAUAGAAAAUAAAAAUGUAUUAGUAAAUACUCUUAAUAGUAAUUUUAUAAGUAUGGAAGAAGAAGAUAUUUUUAUAGAAAAUUAUAAAAAUAAGAUUAAUAAAAAAAGUGAAAUUGUUACUUUUGAUGAAAAAACUAUUCAGAAAAUUCAAGAAUUAUUAGAUAAUUUCUCUAUAGAUUCUUUUAAUUUAAACUUUAUAUUGUAUAGUAUCUUCAAUAAUACAAAACCAAUAAUUAUAGUAGACAUCAGAGAAUUGAAAUCUGAUUUAUCAUAUAAGUUAUAUAGGAGUAAAAUGCAUAUUAUUCCUUAUUCUUUAUUAGUUGGUGAUUAUAUAUUAACAAAAGACAUUUGUGUUGAAAGAAAAACUAUAGUAGACUUAAUUCAAUCAUUAAACAAUAAUAGAUUACACAAUCAAAUAUAUCAAAUGUCAAAGUAUUAUUCUAUAUAUGUAUUAUUAAUAGAAUUUAACAAUAAACAUUUAUUUUAUUUUUCUUCAUUAAAUGAUAAAUAUUCUAUUUACACUAAGUUAAUUAUUAUAUGCCUUCAAUUUUCUAAACUUAAAAUUUUAUGGAGUCCUUUUUCUCUUUUUACUGUUAAACUUUUUUGGUCAUUAAAAGUAAAUUCAGAACAACCAGAUAUAUUCAAAUCGCUUCACAUUGAUAUAUCUUUACAAAAAAAUACACAUGAACAAAUUGAAAGUUAUCAGAAACAAGAAAAGAAACAAACAGAAAAUGAUAUUGAAAUAGAUAGCAAACCAGAAAAAGAUGAAGAAAAAAAAGAACAAGAAAGAAAUAAUAUAGAACAAAUAAAAAUAACUGGAAAACUGGUGGAUGAGCAUAUUGAUAAAAGUUCUGAUGAUGAAGAUAUAAAUAUAAAAGCAUAUAAAUACGGAACAAUAAAUGAUUUAUUUGACAAAAAUUUAAAUAAAUUAAAUAAAUUAAACAAUGAAAAAGUAAUUAAAAAAAUCGAAAAUGUUACUAAUUGGAAUGCCAUUGAAAUUUUAAAAUCACUUCCUGGGGUUACAGAAAAAAAUAUGCAUCUUAUAAUAAAUAAUGUUAAUUCAUUAUAUGAUUUAUGUGAAAAAAAAAUAGAGGAACUAGAAAAUUAUAUGAGUAAAAAAAAUGCAAAAAUGCUAUAUGAAUUUUUAAAUACAGAUGUAUCAUAA